AUGGGAAAGGCCAGGAAUGCAUCAAAGGCCCUGACGCAUGAAGAAGUCUGGGACGACACUGCUCUCGUCCAGAGCUGGGAUGAGGCGGUAGAGGAAUACAAGCUCUACCAUAGCAUCCAUGCUAAAGGGGAGAAUUUCGAGGAUGUUCUGAGAGAGGCCGAGGCUGCGGAACACGCCCAGGAUGCCUCGGAUGGCCAGGAUCCGGACGCGAACGUUGAAGGGGCCAUGGAGACCAACGGCGAAGCGGCCGUAGUCAGUGAUCCCUCUGAGACUGCACAGACUCUGCUGAUGCAGCCGUCGUCACAGACUGCGGAAGGCAAAGGUGCAUCGUCAGAAACGCAAUCAACCGGAGGGAGUCAAUUCAUGGCCGAGGCGGCUUCCCCCGGGACAGCUAUGCCACAAGCAGCUUUAGCGCAAGUACAAGAUGAGGGUCUGAAGAACCUCAUGAUGUCCUGGUAUUUUGCGGGAUAUUAUACGGGUCUUUAUGAGGGACAGCAACAAGCGAAUCGAAGCAAGAGCUCAUGA